UUAGUCGCAGGUAGAACGUUGAACGUUAAACAGCAAAUUCAAAUAAUUAAAUUGUGCUCAAAAAUAAAUUGAUUUACAAACGAAAUUUAACUGAAAUCGAAAAUGUCUGAGAUUGUUCGGGAGCAUAACAGAUUUAAAUUAAUUUUUCUAACGAAUCACCAUUUCAAUAGAAAAAACUGCAUCUGGUACAGAUGCCUCUAAUGAAGAUGCUACUUCAUCUGGCAUGAUAGAGAAAGAAUUGCCAGUUGCUGAUUCAGAGAAGGAAAACGUGUGGGACGAAAGUAAACUAAGACUCAUUGAGUAUUCGUUGGGAAGUAUUCGCAAUGAUGUUUUUAAUAUGCGGAACAAUGACAAAUACAUGCAAAAAGAAGCGGAUGACGGUGGUUUCGGCGCUAUUUUUGAUGGUUUUGAUGCUGUAUCUAGCAUUGAUAAUCCUUUGAAAGAAGAUAUUGUGGGUUCCGGUAGUGAGGAAGAAAAGUUCGUUAUAAAAGGAGGACUGAAAACACCUCAUAACGGUUUAAAGCGAAUUGAGAAAUCCAUAAAUCAUGCCAAUAAGGACUGUGAUACAGCAUCCGACAGUCUGGAAUCCAGCAACAUUUUUGGUUGGAAGAAAAAUAGGUCAGGAUCUUUUGGCAACGCUUGGGACUCUACGGUUAAUUUUCUAAAACAUCCUUGGUCUUCUGUGCAAUCAAAUUCUAAUCAAUCACUUGACAAAAAUAUGGAGACAAACGAAGUCGACUCCCCAGACGCCUCUGAGUUGUCAAAAAAGCAAAACGAAGUUGUCCCCCGAGAUAGCGUUAAUUUCACUAAAAACAAGACUUCGUCGGCUUGGGAAAAUACGACAAAUUUUGGGCCGAAUAUUGCAAACAACGAUAGGACAAUAGAAAUGGAUCCGCCUGUCUUUGACACGAUUGGAGGAAACUACAUUUCAUCCGCUUUGAAAAAACAGGACAUGGUAACCAUGUGAGAUAUCUAAGACACUGAGCAGAACCAUGUAUAGCUCCUUAGCUUCCAGCAGCGACAUGUCAAAAAUUUGGAGGAUGGUGAGGAUAGGAUUUUUCAACGACGGCUAUUCCAUUCUUAUUUAAGCAAAUAAUAAUAAUAUACUGUGGGUGUAUGACAUGAAAACCGACAAU